AUGGCUAUCCCAGCGUACUACAAGAUCUUCUUCCUCUGGAUUGAGCCUGUCGUCACCUUGUUCGGCGCUGUGGCUGCUGCUUUCUUUGGCCAUGAUUAUCUCGUCAUGACCCACGCGGAGACCACUCCGUCCAAGAUCCUGGGCCUCCCUAUCGCUACCAACAUCGCCCUUCGCCAGCUUGCCAACUUGUACUUGGCAUUCGCUCUCAACGAGUUCUUCGUCCUCCGGGCCACCAAUGAUCUCAAAGUCUGGAAAUCUGUGCUCGCAAUCCUGCUGGUCGCAGACUUCGGUCACUUGCUCGCCAACUCUCAACUUGGACUUGGUCAGUACUACGACGUCAUGUCAUGGAACGCCAUGCAGUACGGCAGCUUCUUGUUCGUCUACAUCGGCGCAGCAAUGCGAUCCUGCUUCCUGGCUGGUGUCGGAUUCGGGACGAAGAAGGGUCGUCGUGGUGCGCCCCGCAGUGUGUCCAAACAAAUCCAGGCACCAACCACUGUCGAAGAUGAGUUUGCAGCUGUUGCAACGCCAUCGCCCAAAGAAAUGAACAAGACUCCUGCCCAGAGCACUCGCCGUCGCAAGAAUCGCAGCGUCUCCGGCGCUUAG